AUGUGUUUCUGAGACCGUGAGCCGCCUUCGUAGCUCAAUAAGAUUUUCCCCUCAUAUUAGGUGUUUUAAUAAGGCAUUUAAACUUGUAAACGAAGGUAAUUAAACGCUCUGCUUCACCUCACAAGUGUAAGUUUGGACCUCACGCGACGCCGAAGACUGCAUUCAAGUGGCGAGAUGGAGCUCUCUUUAGCAGUGCUGUUCUGUUUCUCCCACCUAGCUCCAGUUUUGGGCUCAGCUUUUGGCAGGGAGAUGCCAGCCUCAACGAUGGAUGAUGGGCACGAUGAUGACAGCCCAUUUCAUUAUGACUACGAGUCAGUGCGGAUUGGCGGUUUGGUCUUCGCUGUCGUGGUCUUCUUGUUGGGGAUCUUUAUCGUUAUCAGCCGAAAAUGCCGUUGUAGAGGAAGCCAGGCCUCUUAAAUGAGGGGGGGAUGUAAUCCAGAAGCAUCCUGAGCAUGUAUUACCACCAAUAGGAGACGGCAGUGGGACGGCACAAGCUUAAAAGGAUCCCGUUUUCUUAAGUGUGUUCACGUUUGUGUCCGACUGACUUAAAUAAUUGCUUUCAUCCAACGCUACUGUUUUUUCUUUCUCAAAGAUCUGAUCCAUAUCCUUAGUUGACAGUCUUUUAUUAUGUGGUAGGGAUUGCAGCUUUUAUAGUUCAUCUGAGCACCCUUGACAUUUCCUUUGACUUCUGUAGCUUGCAGUUUAUGAAGUAUUAAGGUAUAUUUUUCCCUUCAUAUGAUAGCAUUUUAUACAUUUUGUAAAUUCUUUUAAUUGUUUGCAAGACACUGAUUUGCUGUUAAUGAUUCAUUCGAUUAAAAGAACACAUGACUGAUAGCUUUUCUAUCAAAUAAACAUGACUAAAUGCAA